GCGGUAGUGCACCUAAGCUGUCAUUUACCAAGAGGAAGAAGAGGAAAGACAUUCGAAAAACGGCGCGCACUUCAUAAUGGACAGAACCGUGUGGAUGAUUUGUUGAAUUUUUGUUAAGUUAUUCGAGUUUAAAAUAACUUAACUGUUCUGUACAAGCUAAAGAAGCUAACGAAGAGUUAACUGUGGUUCAAUGAGUCUUGAGACAGAAGAUUCUCGAAAAGGUUUUCUUAUCUCGACACUGGUGUACUUAAUCAUCUUCCUGCAUUGUUAAAAGCCAGCUCACAUUAAAAAUGGAACCUAAAUUGAAGACUGAACCUCUGGACAGAUUUGUUGAGGAAGAGGAGCCACAUCCAGCCCAUUCUUUUGAGUGGUGCCUAAAUGGCAAGACACCCACAUCUGUUACCUGCAACAAAGCAGGAACUGUUGAAGACUCAUUGAAAAAAAGUUCACAGUUCAGAACAACUGCAAAAAAGAACAAAGACAAAGAGCUUGUCAUUGUGAGAGAUGGGAAAGCUAUCAGUUCACACUUUCCAUGCAGCUUAAUUGGAAAAGAACGUUUAACUGUCAAGUAUGUUAAAAGUGAAGGCAAGGCAAAGAAACUGGGCAGUCAUGUUAAAACUGAAGGCAAGGCAAAGAAACCAGGCUGUCGGGGGUCAUCUGAUGAGCUUGUGAUCUUUAAUGUACUGACAAAAGGAGGUAAAAAUGUAGUGAAGAUCAUGAGAAACCCAGCACUAACAAAAAUUGUUCAGAAAAUUACUGUUUAUGCAAAGAAAGGGGAAAAAGUGAAGCAAGCUCUAAAAAGAGAUGGUCGUUUUAUGAAUAUCAUAUUCAAAAAGACCUGUGCACUUUUUCACAUGAAGACUGAGGUAAAUACGGAAAUGUCCAACCUCGUUGACGAUCUUGAUGGUAACACUUACCAGAUCAUACUGCUCAGUAAGUCUAGUCCACCAGACAGUCAGCCUGGCAGUCUUGAUGAUGCUUACAUGAUGUCAAGUGAGUCUCAGAGAUCUGACUCUGAUGAAAACAAAGACCCCUCACAGCAGUCUACCAUAACUGAGUCAGUGAAUGACAAUGCACCGCAAAGUAAACUAGAACUAAAUGGUAAUACGGCACCAGAAAAAAUAUUACGUAAAAUACCUCUGGCACAAAAAAUACAGAAUCAUUUGUCUUCAGAAUUUGAACAUUCAGUGAAAAAAAUGAAAACAGUUUCUAAGCUCUCUCGUAUCCAGAAUAUCAUGCGUGUAGAGUAUGGAAAGAAUGAUCAGACAUGCAGGGAGGUGAAAACAAUGAAGAAACUGAUGGAUCUUAGUAAUUCUGUUUGUCAUGUGAGAAUAAAUGGGAGUGCAGCCGGAACUGGCUUCCUCCUGUUUGACAACUUUGCUCUUACAAAUGGCCACGUACUGAAAGAUAUUUAUAAUGAGAAUAGAAAGGAGCUUGAUGAGAGGGUCACAGUUCAUUUCUCUUUCGAAAGUCUGGACCAGGUAGUUGGAGGACAAGACUCAACAGGAGAAAUGGAAGUGGAAGAGGUAGCUGGCUUUGAAUAUUGUCCUGAUGCAUCAGGACACAUGUACGACUGGGCUUUGUUAAGGCUCAGUGCUAAUCAGACAUUGCCCACUGGUCUGUUGACACACUUUGGAUUCCUUCCCAAAAGUGGUGGAAUUUGCAUUAUUGGGCAUCCUGACGGUGGUGUGAAAAAAAUAGAUCCAUGCUUGAUUAUUCCAUCUGAGAAACGUAACCAGGUUGUGGAGAAGAGUUGUCAUGAAAAUCAAGGACACAUUCAGUUGGUUACUCGCAAUUUUUUUGAGGGUGUGGCUGAAUCUGUUCAACGUAACACACAGGUUCUAACUUAUGAAUCUUGUUUUUAUUUUGGGUCAUCUGGCUCUCCUGUCUUUGACAGACACUGCAGAGUUGUUGCAAUGCAUUCAGGAGGAUAUGACUACCAAAGUGCAAAAGGUGAAACACAGAGUGUCAUAGAGUUUGGCUAUUGUUUGUCUGACAUUCUUGAACACAUCAUCGUCCAGCUGGUGCAAAGAGGAAGGUCUGAUGUGUUGAAGUCGUACCUCGCUUGCAGUUAUGCACACCACCAAAACGUGAUGAGCAACGUGAAGAAACUGGUUGAGAGCAGAAACUUCACAGCAUUUAAAAAUGUAGUCAACAGUUCAGUGGACAUAAAUGACGAGAGUUUGCAGAAGUUCUUUGAGUUCUUCUCACUGAAAGAGGAGUCUGUCCCAAUGGACAUUUCUUAUUAAGUGUACACAGACAGUGAGCAACAAAGACUCAUGUCUGUUUUCAUAUAUCAGGUUACUUUUGUUAAAAACCAAAGGGGUGCGGGGAUCUGAUAUAAAACUUGGUCUAUAAAUUGUUUUAAGUUUGUUUGUUUGUUCACUUUUUGGAUAAAGAGAGCUGUGUUUUUUCAAAGACAUUUUAGCCAGAUGUCUGUAACUCUUGUUGCUCUUAUUACUUGUUUAUGCUUUAUUAUGUAUAGUAUUAGAUUGUGUUAAAAAAUUAUUAUCUUGUUUUUUAAACUCAAUCAUCAAGAUGAGUCACAAAAAUCCAUGUGACAGGAUCUGAAUACUCUGAGUAAACUGGAACUAACUGUACAUAAUGUCUUCAUCAUGUUAUUUACAGUAUCAUUAAGUGCAAUAACUGUCAUGCAGAAAUGUUUGAAUUGUGUCCAAAUGUCACACCCUGAAAUACAGGUUUUCUUUCCUGGUUUGUGCCUUUCAGUCAGACUGAUCAACAGCUUGAUACUUUAUUCUUUAUUUGGAUCUUCAUUAGCUUCCACACUGUGGUUGUCACAUCUUUCCUGGGGACCACAUUUAAGAAUAAACCAACUUUUAAAACUUAUUUUGAGUACUUUAUGAAACAAAAUUGUUAUCUUUAUUUUAAACUCUCUAUCCAUAUGAAUCACAAAAAUCUAUUAUCAGUCUGGCUCUAACUGCUUCCAUUUUACCUGGUGUCUGGCCUUUGGACUGUUUUUAUUGUGCUUGUUGCUGUUUUGGAAAGAUCUUAUAAAAGAUUUGGAAUUCUUAUCUGGUUAAAACUGGUUCAUAAGUUUUGUUUGUUUGUAUUUUUAAAUAAUGAUUGAUAUAUUUUUUCAUGUUUUUCAGAUGCCUGAAAUAAAGGACUUUGAUCUGUUUGUAAAGCUUCAAACAAGCCUAUUUUUUCUCUUCAAACUAAAAAUAAAUACAUAUGGCACUAUCUGA